UAGGUCUUCUACAAUUCCCCAUGUGCUCUGGCUUAAUGCAAAAAAUACAUCUUUUUAGCUCUAUUAAUUUUUGCCUGCGAUCCUUCGCUGUACUAGUUUGUCUGCAUUCAUCCCCCCAAUGUCCCUUUUUUCCACAAAAUAUACAAGGGUAUAUUGGGGCUCUCCUCCCACCUUCAGGCUUAUUUUGAUUUUGGUUGUUGUUGUUUUUGUUAUAUUUUGCGCGUGUAUUGAAAUUUCUAUUUUUUGCUUCAGUAUUUGCGAAUGUUCUAGUUACUUCCUUUUCAUUAUUUCUUCUUAGAUUUUGGAAGUUUCUUUGGCUUUUUUGGAUAUUUUGCUCAACUUUUUCGUUUGAUUUUGCGUGAAUGGAGAGGACAAGUUCCUCUUUCUCUAUUACUUCACGCAAAGCUUUUCUGAAAGCUGCGGUGUCC